AAGGCGAGUGUGUUCCUCUCGCCCUGUCAAUAAUCUCCGCUCCCAGACUACUCCGUUCCUCCGGAUUUCGAUCCCCCUUUUUCUAUCUGUCAAUCAGCGCCGCCUUUGAACUGAAAAGCUCAGUCUAACUUCAACUCACUCAAAUCCGAGCGGCACGAGCUCCUUCGGUGUCUUCGGCUUCCCCCCCCCCGGUGCGGGGGGGGGGGGCUGGGGCUUGUUGUUGUUGUUUUUUUUUACCCCCCUUUUUUAUUUAUUAUUUUUUUUUUUGCACAUUGAUCGGAUCCUUGGGAACGAGAGAAAAAAAGAAACCCAAACUCACGCGUGCAGAAGAUCUCCCCCCUUCCCCUCCCCUCCUCCCUCUUUUCCCCUCCCCAGGAGAGAAAGACCCCAAAGCAGGAAAAAAAGUUAACCUUGGACUCGUCUUUUUCUUGCAGAAUUUUUUUUGGGGGGGGACUCGCAAAACUUUUUUUUUUUUUGCUUUUCUUCCUCCUUCAUUUUUCUUCCAAAAUUGCUGCUGGUGGGUGAAAAAAAAGAUGCCGCAGCUGAACGGCGGUGGAGGAGAUGACCUAGGCGCUAACGACGAGCUGAUCUCCUUCAAAGACGAAGGCGAGCAGGAGGAGAAGAACUCGGAAAACUCCUCGGCGGAAAGGGAUUUAGCCGAUGUCAAGUCCUCGCUGGUCAAUGAAUCAGAGACGAAUCAAAACAGCUCCUCCGAUUCCGAGGCGGAAAGACGGCCUCCGCCUCGCUCCGAAAGUUUCCGAGAUAAAUCCCGGGAAAGUUUGGAAGAAGCGGCCAAGAGGCAAGAUGGAGGGCUCUUUAAGGGGCCACCGUAUCCCGGCUACCCCUUCAUCAUGAUCCCCGACCUGACGAGCCCCUACCUCCCCAACGGAUCGCUCUCGCCCACCGCCCGAACCUAUCUUCAGAUGAAAUGGCCACUGCUCGAUGUCCAAGCAGGAAGCCUGCAGAGCAGACAAGCCCUCAAGGAUGCCCGCUCACCGUCGCCAGCACACAUCGUUUCGAACAAAGUACCGGUGGUGCAACACCCCCACCAUGUCCACCCACUCACGCCUCUCAUCACGUACAGCAAUGAACACUUCACCCCGGGAAAUCCACCUCCGCACUUACCAGCUGACGUAGACCCCAAAACAGGAAUCCCACGGCCUCCGCACCCUCCAGAUAUCUCUCCAUAUUACCCACUGUCGCCCGGCACCGUAGGACAAAUCCCCCAUCCGCUAGGAUGGUUAGUACCACAGCAAGGUCAGCCUGUGUACCCAAUCACGACAGGAGGAUUCAGACACCCCUACCCCACAGCGCUGACAGUCAACGCGUCUAUGUCUAGCUUUCUGUCUUCUAGGUUCCCUCCCCACAUGGUCCCUCCCCAUCAUACUCUGCACACGACCGGCAUCCCCCACCCUGCUAUUGUCACGCCAACAGUCAAGCAAGAAUCCUCACAGAGUGACGUCGGCUCCCUCCACAGCUCAAAACAUCAGGACUCCAAAAAGGAAGAAGAGAAGAAGAAGCCGCACAUAAAGAAGCCCCUAAAUGCGUUCAUGUUGUACAUGAAGGAGAUGAGAGCGAAGGUGGUGGCCGAGUGCACACUGAAAGAGAGUGCAGCCAUCAACCAGAUCCUUGGGCGCAGGUGGCAUGCCCUGUCCAGGGAAGAACAGGCAAAGUACUACGAGCUGGCCCGGAAGGAGCGACAGCUUCACAUGCAGCUGUACCCUGGCUGGUCUGCGCGGGAUAACUAUGGGAAAAAGAAGAAGAGAAAAAGAGACAAGCAGCCGGGGGAGACCAAUGAACACAGCGAAUGUUUCCUAAAUCCUUGCCUUUCGCUUCCUCCGAUCACAGACCUGAGCGCUCCUAAGAAAUGCCGAGCGCGCUUUGGCCUUGAUCAACAGAAUAACUGGUGCGGCCCCUGCAGAUGCAAAUACUCCAAAGAAGUGUCGGGCACUGUUCGGGCUUGACCGACAGACUUUAUGGUGCAAACCCUGCAGGAGAAAAAAAAAGUGCGUUCGCUACAUACAAGGUGAAGGCAGCUGCCUCAGCCCACCCUCUUCAGAUGGAAGCUUACUAGACUCGCCUCCCCCCUCACCGCAUCUGCUAGGCUCCCCUCCCCAAGACGCCAAGUCACAGACUGAGCAGACACAGCCGCUCUCGCUGUCCCUGAAGCCUGAUCCUCUGGCCCACCUGUCCAUGAUGCCUCCGCCACCCGCGCUCCUGCUGGCCGAAGCUGCCCACGGCAAGGCCUCUGCCCUCUGUCCCAACGGGGCCCUGGACCUGCCACCUGCCACUCUGCAGCCAUCCAUGGUCCCUUCCUCGUCGCUUGCACAGCCAUCAACUUCUUCCUUACAUUCCCACAACUCGCUGGCUGGGACGCAACCCCAGCCUCUGUCUCUGGUGACCAAGUCUUUAGAAUAGCUCUGCCUCGUCCUCCAUGCCCCUGCUUGAUUGAAGUGUUUCCUUCUGGUUCUUGGUUUGCCCUUCCCCCCAAUCCCCCCACAACACCUCUCCAACUCCCGCUUGGAAAGCUUUUGUUUUGUACUCUUUAAUUUUGUGCCGCCGUGGCUACAUGAGUUGAUGUUUAAUGGAGUUCAUUGGUCAAUAUUUGACCCAUUCUUAUUUCAAUUUCUCCUUUUAAAUAUGUAGAUGAGAGAAACCUCAUGAUUCUACCAAAAUUUUUAUCAACAGCUGUUUAAAGUCUUUGUAGCGUUUAAAAUAUAUAUAUAUAUACAUAACUGUUAUGUAGUUCGGAUAGCUUAGUUUUAAAAGACUGAUUUAAAAAAACAAAAAGAAAAAAAAGAGAGAGAAGCAAUUUUGAAGUACCCUCCAGAAGGAGUUGGUUCUGUAUUAUUUGUAUUAAAUACGAGCUUGCGAACCAAUCACUUUACACCUCGGUAUUUAAACCACGAGGGCACAAUGAAUGCCGUGCCGUUUCUUUCUUUUUUUCUUUCUUUUUUUUUCUCCCCGUGUGAAACAACAUUUAUUGUGAUGUUACUUGUUAUUGUUUAAAUGUACAGAAACAAAAGGUUAAAAUGUGUUAAUAUACCUUGUUCCAUGGUGUUGUUCUUUUGGGGGGGCGGGGACACUACUCAACAAUGGAUGGAACCAACACUGUUGGACCAGUAGUAUUUAUUGCUUUAGAGGUUGCUUGUCGUACCUGUACGUCCGUCCAAUUUUAAAUGUUUUCUUUUUUUUUUGAAACUGUAUAAAGUUCCCCCCCCUUAGCAUAAGCAUCUUAUAUAUAACAACUCAUUUGUACAAGGUUUUUAAGUUUAUAUAUAAAAUGUGUAUAUAUUUUUUUGUUUCCUUUUUUUUUUUUUUGACUUUUCGUUCGUUCGUUUGUUUGUUUCUGUAUAAAACCCAGAUGCCACCAAAUGGACAUUGGUAGUUGCAUUAAGGAUCAGUAGCAUUAACAAAAGUUGCUUUAAAAGCCAUUAUGUAAAACAAGACUUGAACAUUAGCGAGAGGGUCUGAGCAGCCGUGGGAACUGCCCCGUCUCCCCCUUGACCUCCUAGUCAAUUGCCCUGUGCUCUUAGAACAUGGACUGACCGUGUGCAAAACUUUUAUGUGCCAAAAUUCUCAGUGACUUUAGCUUUCUCCCUCCUUUUUAAUGCUGUGCUUUCUGUUCGCCAUGUUUUGCUGUGAUGUUACAUAGAUAGAUUUGUAUGUAGUUUUAAUGUCACUUAUAACAAAAUGUGUUUGGUAGCAGACUGUCCAGAAAGCAUUUUAAAUGAAGAGGUCUAAACCCUUAAGGGCCAAAAAUUCUGUAUAUUAGAUUACUCUUAAAUGAAAAAAAGAAAAAAAGAAAAAAAAAACCAGCUGCCGCUUUUAUGUACGCAUAUUACAUACAAGUAGGUAGUGAACUUUAAAAACAAGAGAACCUAGGCAUGCCAAUGUUGUAAAAUGCUGUAUAAAGCUGAGACCCGUUCCUUCAGUGCCAUCGUAGUUGACAUGAAGCGAUUGUAAAACUGUCUCCGGUUUUCUCUGGUUUAUUAAAAUGCUAACUAUAACAUUUUUUUUUUGUGAAUACUUUGAAUGUUUCCUAACAGUUGUGGUGUUACUGUUCUGUUCGAUGCUUAUCCCAAGUUCAUUUUUGAAUGGUUUGGAAGCCAUUUUGUAAUGAAUAAAUGUCCAUGCUGUACAGUAUCUGUAGCAUGCCGUUCUGGAUUAAUAAAAGCAACUUAGUAUGUGCAGAAA